GGAAGAAGAAAAUUUGCUAUCGUAGAAGAAGAGAGCGGAGGCCCGUUGGAAAUUUAACGUAUAGAAGAAAUAAUGCUAAUAACUGAAAGUUUUGUCCAGCGAUGAGGUUGUGAACUCAAUGGUUGUUGGGAAAUAAAAUGUAGUAAAACGACUGAACAGAGCAGAAUGUUUGUGGAACUCAUGCUAACUGACAGUAGUUAACAGACAUGCCGUGGUGCCUAAAAACCAAGCGGAAAGAUCAUUUUUAAGCUGACAACCGGGCCUUCAUCACACAGUGACAAGCCAAACUCCAUUUAUAUUUUUAUCACAGAGCAGUUUGUCUUUGUAGACACAGGCUGUAAAACGAGCCGUGCUCAUUCAGACCAUGGUAGACAACCGCUACGCCACAGCUCUGGUCAUCGGCUCGGUGCUGAGCCUGCUGGCCACGGUGUACCUCUCUGUGGCCGUGGGAACUCAGCACUGGUACCAGUACAACAGUCCAGCAGUAAAACGUGAGGGGAGCAACGCCUCCGAGCUCAGAGAGGACUUCAUCAAUGGAGAGUUUGAUGAGAAGACCUACAGCGACACCAUGUUCCGCCUGAACGGCACCCUGGGACUGUGGUGGAGGUGCAUCCUGGUGCCGGGCCGGUCACACUGGUUCAAAGAGCCAGAUCCGAAGAUGGAGACACAGUGUGUGAGCUUCACUCUUCCUCAGCAGUUCAGUCCAAAGUACAAAUACCCUGGAAACCAAAACAGCGAAGAAGAUCUGCUGAGAACAUACUUGUGGAGGUGCCAGUUUCUCCUGCCUUUGGUGUCUCUGGCCUUGGUGUUCCUCAGCGGUCUUGUUGGAGUCUGCGCCUGCCUGUGUCGCAGCUUCACCCCCACCUUGGGUGUGGGAGUGCUCCAUCUACUUGCAGGCCUCUGCUCUCUGGGCACCGUCUGCUGCUUCCUGGCCGGGGUGGAUUUGCUCCACCAGUACUCCCCACCGCCGGAGGGGGUGGAGGGCUCGCUGGGCUGGUCCCUCUACCUCGCCCUCAUCUCCUUCCCCCUUCAGAUGAUGGCAGCUGCCUUGUUCCUGUGGGCGGCCAGGAGUCACCGCAAAAACUACACCCGCAUGACUGCUUACAGAGUAGCCUGAAGACGGACUGCUGCCCCAGCUCAGCCUGAAGCUCUUUGAAAACACGACGACAUGACAUCACAGGAAUAAACAGAACCAGUUUGCAGCUAAUCAUCAUAAGUGCUCAUAAAUAGCUGUUUAAGUCCUCUGAGUUGUGUUAUUUAAUUUGUUUUGUAGCAUCUCUAACCUGCAUGUCCUUUAAAGUCUGUUAACACAUCCUGUAUGAUUUGUUGUUUCUGCUGUUGACUGUGGUGGCGUGCGGUACUUCAUUGCCUUCUUUUCAGUUGCCAUCGCUUCGAAAGCUGCUCACCACAUUGCCCUUAAAUCAGGUAGAGAUUACACACCUGGACUGUCACUAGUGUCCGGCCUGCACGUACCUACGCUGGGUAUCUCUCUCUGUCAGUGCAGAAAAGCAUUACACAAGCCUGUUUUUUUAUUUUGAGGUUUGUUUGGUUUUAUCUUUGUGUAAUCUUAAAUAUCAAGCCUUCGCUGUGCAUGCCUUUUUAAGCUGACAUUUCUGUCUUCUGUGGUAAUUGUUGAUUUCAGUCUGUGGUAUGUGUUGACUAAAUGUCACAAAAUGUCGCUCAAAAAAAAAAAAAAAAGAUGUAACCACUCCUCACCUGUUGUCACUCAUGUUACAGAUCUAAUAUUUAUCAGCACAGUUCAUUUGAAUGCUAGAAAACUCAAACCUGUGACCUCUUUAGAACAUUUUUAAGUUCAAAGCUCCAAAUUAUUCUAUUACUGUAAAUGUUUGUCUGCACGUCUGUGUUCCUCCAGAGGUUUCAGUUUUACCAGUUAACUGACUGACAGACAAGUACAGUUUUUUUGCAUCAGUUAAAGCCUUUAAAACGUUUCUUGGUGACACUACAGUCGAAGAAUAUUUUGAAUAACAAUUGAGUUUGCAAAAUCUUCAUUUGCAAGAGAAAACUCGUGAAUCUGCGUCCGAACACUUUGUGUGGAAAAUUCCAAAAUGACUCAUUUUGUAGCACCAGAAUACAAAUUGUGAUGUUUUCAUGUCACAAUGUUUUGUUACUCGUCUAACGUGUUACACUUUUCUAAAUGUCUUGUGUUCUGAAGCACACUGACUGUUUCUGUAUCAAUAAAUUUGACAUUUGCCUA